AUGCCCCACAAUCUUGCACAUUUCCAUCACGACCAAAUCGCCAAAGACGGGUUUUCCAUAGUAAGGAAUUUCUUAACACCUGAAGAAGUUGCACGGUACAGGAAAGCGUCUGAAGAAGUUGUUGAAUAUGCCAGAGAGGGAAAGUGGCCCCACGUAAGAACUAGAGGAAAGCAGUUCCCACCAUGGCCCAAGAACUUCAGUCCAGACAUUUGGGGUAUUUCAGGUCUACUUAAUCCAGACUUGGGUGAAUUAUCUCUUCCAUUCCACGAAUGUUAUUCUUCUGAAAAAAUCUUGGCUAUUGCCAGUGAUAUCUUGCAAACUGACAAAAAUGGAUUAACUAUGGAACUCCUCAACAUGUUGAUCAAUCCUUUGACAAACUUUGGUUUGGAUUGGCAUAGAGAUUAUAUUAAACCUGAAGUCACCCCAGAAGAAGAAGCCGAGCAACUUUUGUUGGACCCUUACGCUGGAACACAGUUCAAUCUAGCAUUGACGGAUGAUAGCUGUCUUAUUGUGAUACCAGCAUCCCACAACAGAAUUAGGAACGCUGAAGAACGUGAAAAAACGUCUAAUGAUGACAGAAAAGAGUACAUAGAAGGACAAAUUACCGUCCACUUGCACCCAGGUGACAUUGUGUUCUACAACAGUAAUAUUUUACAUAGAGGUACAUACAAUUCUGAAAUUGUUAGAAUGACUUUGCAUGGUUCUUACGGACAUGUUGACCACGGUAAGACCAGAGCAAAGGGUGUUUUGCAAUUCGGUGUAGCAGAGUGGUUACCAAGGUUCCACCCAACAGAGCCCAACUUGAUACAAUUACGCAGUAAGUUGGAAAAGUUGGCAAAAGAAUUCGAGGGCCAAGAUCUUGGUUUCGCCCUAGAAGGUUAA